AUGGCUUCCGGUGACAUCUCUUUCGAGGAUCUUAAGAAUGAGAAUGUGGAUCUCGAAAACAUUCCCAUUGAGGAAGUGUUCGUGCAACUGAAAUGUAGCCGAGAGGGUUUGACAUCAGCUGAAGGAGAGAAGAGGCUACAAAUCUUCGGUUACAACAAACUAGAAGAGAAAAAGGAUAGCAAGCUGCUUAAAUUCUUGGGUUUCAUGUGGAAUCCAUUGUCAUGGGUCAUGGAGGCUGCUGCUGUCAUGGCCAUUGCAUUGGCCAAUGGCGGGGGCAAGCCACCGGAUUGGCAAGAUUUCGUUGGUAUUGUGGUGUUGCUUUUGAUCAACUCAACGAUUAGUUUCAUUGAGGAAAACAGUGCCGGCAAUGCCGCAGCUGCUUUGAUGGCCGGUCUUGCACCCAAAACCAAGGUGUUGAGAGAUGGAAAAUGGAGUGAGGAAGAAGCAGCAAUCUUGGUGCCUGGAGAUUUGAUCAGCAUCAAGUUGGGAGAUAUCGUUCCUGCAGAUGCUCGUCUUUUGGAAGGUGAUCCUCUCAAGAUUGACCAAGCUGCCCUCACCGGCGAGUCAUUGCCGGUCACCAAGAACCCCGGUGAUGAGGUCUUCUCUGGCUCCACAUGCAAACAAGGUGAGAUCGAGGCUGUUGUCAUUGCCACCGGUGUCCACACCUUCUUUGGCAAGGCUGCUCAUCUUGUAGACAGCACCAACAAUGUUGGUCACUUCCAACAGGUGUUGACUGCCAUUGGUAACUUCUGCAUCUGCUCAAUUGCUGUGGGAAUGCUGAUUGAGAUCAUUGUGGUGUAUCCCAUCCAACAGAGGGCAUACAGAGAUGGUAUUGAUAACUUGUUGGUUCUUCUUAUUGGUGGUAUUCCAAUUGCCAUGCCAACUGUCUUGUCUGUCACCAUGGCUAUUGGCUCUCACCGCCUUUCCGAGCAAGGAGCCAUCACCAAGAGGAUGACUGCCAUUGAAGAAAUGGCAGGUAUGGAUGUUCUCUGCAGUGACAAGACCGGAACUCUCACCCUUAACAAGCUUACCGUUGACAAGGACUUGAUUGAGGUCUUCCCCCCUAAGGUCGACAAGCAAACCCUUGUCUUGUUUGCUGCCAGGGCUUCCAGGGUUGAAAACCAGGAUGCCAUUGAUGCUUCAAUUGUUGGAAUGUUGAGUGAUCCCAAGGAGGCAAGAGCAGGAAUCACCGAGGUGCAUUUCUUGCCCUUCAAUCCUGUGGAGAAGCGCACAGCCAUUACCUACAUUGAUAGCAAUGGAGACUGGCACAGAAGCAGCAAGGGUGCUCCUGAGCAAAUUAUUGAACUGUGCAAACUCAAGGGAGAGACUUUGAAGAAGGCCCAUAAGAUCAUUGAUGACUUUGCCAACCGUGGUCUGCGUGCAUUGGGCGUUGCACGCCAGACUGUUUCAGCAAAGAGCAAGGAAAGCGAAGGAGAACCAUGGGAGUUCUUGGGCUUGUUGCCACUUUUCGACCCUCCAAGGCAUGAUAGUGCAGAGACUAUCCGUCGUGCUCUUGAACUCGGUGUGAAUGUUAAGAUGAUCACCGGUGACCAACUUGCCAUCGGAAAAGAAACCGGUCGUAGGCUCGGAAUGGGAACCAACAUGUACCCUUCAUCCUCACUCCUUGGUGCUAGCAAAGACCCUGCCAUUGCAGCCAUUCCAAUUGAUGAACUGAUUGAGAAGGCUGAUGGAUUCGCCGGAGUGUUCCCAGAGCACAAAUACGAGAUCGUGAAGAGACUGCAGGAUAAGAAACACAUAGUGGGAAUGACCGGAGAUGGUGUGAACGAUGCACCGGCAUUGAAGAAGGCAGAUAUCGGUAUCGCAGUGGCAGAUGCAACUGAUGCCGCAAGAAGUGCCUCAGAUAUUGUGUUGACUGAGCCUGGAUUGAGCGUGAUUGUGAGUGCUGUGCUUACAAGCAGGGCUAUCUUCCAGAGGAUGAAGAACUACACCAUCUAUGCUGUCUCCAUUACCAUCCGUAUUGUUUUUGGAUUCAUGCUUGUGGCACUCAUCUGGAAGUUCGACUUCUCACCUUUCAUGGUGCUCGUCAUUGCCAUCUUGAACGAUGGAACCAUCAUGACCAUCUCCAAGGACAGGGUCAAGCCAUCUCCUCUCCCUGACUCAUGGAAGCUCAAGGAAAUCUUCGCCACCGGCAUUGUCCUUGGUUUAUACAUGGCUGUCACCACUGCCUUGUUCUUCUACUUGAUCCAUGACACCGACUUCUUCACCAAUACCUUCCACGUGGAGGCAAUUUAUGAUAGUGAGGAGCAACUCACCUCAGCUCUAUACCUUCAAGUGAGUAUCAUCAGUCAAGCACUCAUCUUCGUGACAAGGUCAAGGGGCUGGUCCUACAUUGAACGCCCUGGAUUGUUGCUUGUUGUCGCCUUCCUCGCAGCACAACUGGUGGCAACUGUGGUUGCUGUGUACGCACACUGGGACUUCGCUAGAAUCAACGGAAUCGGGUGGAGAUGGGCAGGAGCAAUCUGGAUCUUCAGCAUUGUGACAUACAUCCCUCUUGAUAUCCUAAAGUUCUUGAUCAGGUUGGGGCUGUCAGGAAGGGCAUGGGACAACAUGAUUGACAAGAAGACCGCAUUCACAACAAAGAAGGAUUACGGCAAAAGCGAGAGGGAAGCUCAAUGGGCUGUGGCUCAGCGCACAUUGCACGGACUCCAGGUUCCUGAGACCCAACCCGCAUUAUCCACUGAGAUCUCUGAAAUCGCUGAGCAGGCCAGAAGACGUGCUGAGGCUGCAAGGCUAAGAGAACUCCACACUCUCAAGGGCCAUGUUGAAUCCGUCGUCAAGUUGAAGGGUCUUGACAUUGAUACCAUCCAACAACACUACACGCUUUAA